UUUAAUAAUUUGACUAAACCUUGUUCUCUUCCUUUCUCUGUUUCUUUUGCUUUUCCAGGAUACCAAAAUAUAGAGAUAAUAAACAUCUUGAGAGUUGAGAGAGCAGAAUUUCAACCUUCCUAUCUAGCUACUCUGAAAGUAAAGAAAAGAAAGAGAGAAAGCGAGAAAGAAAAGGAGAGGCUUAGCUUCUUCCUUAUAUUUGAAGACUCUUUCGCAGUGAAGAUGUUUGAUUCCUUAAGCCCAUGCACACUUGAAGUUUCUGAGAUUCCUCCUACUUUUCCAUCCUUUUCUGGAAAAUCCAUCAUUGCCUGGAUGCUUAAAUCCCUUCCUCUCUGCUUUGAGUACUUCCAAACCCAAUCUUGUUCAAAGUAAUUUACCGAGAAGGAAAAGAAAAGAAAGAAAGAAAGAAAGAAAGAAAACAAACAAAAAACAAACAAACAUGGUCAUGGUCCCUAGUCUUGUCAAUAUUGUUUUGACAGUACUUCUCUCAGUUCUGGGUACCUCCUCAUGUUUUGCUUCUUCUUUGCUCAGUGAUUAUGAAGUGCUAGUGACACUGAAGCAAGGCUUUGAAUUCCGUGGCGUGCCGGCUUUAAGCAGUUGGAAUUCGUCAAGCCCAAGCUCGGUUUGCUCGUGGGGUGGAAUUGGAUGCUCCAGAGGAGGACGAGUUGUUUCAGUAGACCUGACAGAUUUGGGCUUGAGCGGUUCUGUUUCGCCGGCUCUGAUUUCAAGACUCGAUCAGCUGGUCCACCUCUCGCUUGCGGGAAACAACUUCUCCGGCAGCAUUGAGAUUGGCAAUUUGACCAACCUCCGAUUCCUUAACAUUUCAGCCAACCAGUUCGACGGCGGCUUGCAUUGGAACUACUCCAGCAUCCCAAACUUGCAAGUGUUGGAUGCAUAUGACAACAGCUUCGCUGCUCUCCUCCCCCUUGGCAUUUCCAGCUUGAAGAAGCUCAGGCACCUGGAUCUCGGAGGCAACUACUUCUAUGGCACAAUCCCACCGAGCUACGGGAGCUUGGUUGGGCUGGAGUACUUGUCCCUCUCUGGAAAUGAUCUUCAGGGCAAAAUCCCCGGUGAGCUGGCCAAUCUCACUGGUGUGAGAGAGAUUUACUUGGGGCAUUACAAUGUUUUUGAGGAUGGGAUUCCUGCGGAGUUUGGGAAACUGGUUGAUCUAGUUGUCUUGGAUAUCUCGAGCUGCGGAUUGGAGGGUCCAAUCCCUCACGGGCUUGGGAAUUUGAAGGCUCUGGACACUCUGUAUCUGCACACCAAUCUUCUUUCGGGCUCAAUUCCAAGGCAGAUAGGCAACUUGACGGGCUUGGUGUAUCUUGACCUCUCCAACAACAUGCUCACUGGAGAAAUCCCAUUGGAGUUUGCGAAUCUCAAGCGGCUCAAGCUUUUCAACCUCUUCAUGAACCGACUGCAUGGCUCCAUUCCGGACUACAUCGCGGGGGAGUUUAGGGAAUUGGAGACUAUGGGGCUGUGGAUGAACAACUUCACAGGGAUAAUUCCCCAGAAACUUGGGCAGAAUGGGAGGCUGCAGGUGCUGGAUUUGUCGUCCAACAAGCUCACCGGUACAAUUCCCCCAAACCUCUGCUCCUCCAGCCGGCUGAGGAUACUAAUUCUCCUCAACAACUUCCUAUUGGGUCCCAUCCCGGAAGGCUUGGGAGCAUGCUCUAGCCUCACCAGAGUGAGACUGGGGCAAAAUUACUUGAAUGGAAGCAUUCCGGACGGCUUAAUUUACUUGCCUUUGCUAAAUCUGGCAGAGCUGCAAAACAAUUAUCUCUCUGGAUCCCUAUCAGAUGCAUCAUCAUCACUGUCAUCAUCAUUAGCCCACCUUAAUCUCUCAAACAACCUCCUCUCCGGUCCUUUACCCACUUCCCUCUCCAAAUUUCCGUCCCUUCAAAUCCUUCUGCUCAGCGGAAACCAGUUCUCAGGUCCCAUCCCUGCUUCCAUUGGGCAGCUCCAUCAUCUGCAGAAGCUCGACAUUAGCCACAACUCUCUGUCCGGACAAAUCCCCCCGGAGAUAGCCAACUGUACCUUCCUCACUUACCUGGACUUGAGCCAGAACAACCUCUCCGGCCCUGUUCCUUCCGAAAUCUCCAACAUUCGCAACCUCAAUUACCUCAACUUAUCCAGAAACCACUUGAACCAGACAAUUCCCAGAUCAAUCGGAGGCAUGAAGACCCUCACCACCGCGGAUUUCUCCUUCAACGAUUUCUCCGGCAAGCUACCGGAGUCGGGCCAAUUCUCCCUGUUCAACGCCUCGUCGUUUGCCGGAAAUCCCCACCUCUGCGGUUCUCUGCUAAACAAUCCUUGCAACUUGAGCGCAAUGGGCACGCCCAGAAAAGCAGCGGCAGCAGAUUUCAAGCUGAUAUUCGCCGUGGGGCUGCUGGUGUGCUCCCUGGUGUUCGCGGCCGCCGCCAUAGUGAAGGCCAAGUCCUUCAAAAGCAGAAAUGGCGGCGGCGGCCGCCCGGAGUCGUGGAAGAUGACGGCGUUCCAGAAGGUGGAAUUUAAAGUAUCGGAUGUGCUGGAAUGCGUCAAGGACGGCAACGUGAUUGGGAGAGGAGGAGCCGGGAUUGUGUACCAUGGGAAAAUGCCAAAUGGGGUGGAAGUGGCGGUCAAGAAACUCGUAGGGAUGGGCCACGACCAUGGAUUCAGAGCAGAAAUCCAAACGCUGGGAAACAUCCGCCACAGGAACAUUGUCAGAUUGCUGGCCUUCUGCUCCAACAAGGACACCAAUCUGCUGGUGUACGAGUACAUGCGCAACGGAUCCCUCGGCGAGGCCUUGCAUGGCAAGAAAGGAUCAUUGCUGGGCUGGAAUUUGAGGUACAAAAUUGCUAUUGAAGCUGCCAGAGGCCUCUGCUAUCUCCACCAUGAUUGCUCUCCCCUCAUUGUUCACCGGGACGUCAAGUCCAACAACAUUUUGCUCAACUCCACCUUCGAAGCCCACGUCGCUGACUUCGGCCUCGCCAAGUUCUUGUUCCAAGGGGGUGGUGCCUCCGAGUGCAUGUCAGCAAUUGCAGGCUCUUAUGGCUACAUUGCUCCUGAGUACGCGUACACACUUCGGGUGGACGAGAAGAGUGACGUGUACAGUUAUGGGGUGGUGCUGCUGGAGCUGCUGACGGGGCGUCGUCCGGUAGGGGGUGAGUUUGGGGAAGGGGUGGACAUAGUGCAGUGGUGCAAGAAAGCAACCUCCAACUGGCGCAGAGAAGAGCUAGUCCACAUUCUGGAUCCAAGGCUAUCUUCUUCUUCUUCUUCUUCUUCUUCUGCUGCUUCUUCUAAUUCUUCUUCUUCCUCCAAUUCCACUAGUCAACAGCAGGAACAGCAGCGGCUCAUGCACUUAUUCUUCAUUGCCAUGCUCUGCAUCCAAGACAACAGCGUCGAGAGGCCUACCAUGAGAGAUGUCGUCCAUAUGCUCUCCGAGUUCCAUCCUAAUUCCUCUUCUUCCUCUUCCCCCAAUCCCAGCCCCAACAACAAACAUCACCUUUAAUUUUUGUUUCCUUAAAAAUAUUCAUUACUAAUUCAUACAUCUCCAUCUCUUAUUAACAAUCAAUUUUACAAAUCAUCCCGGCCACAACCAAAACACCCCACCCUCAAUUGCUUCUUUACCUUUUUCUUUUUUCACUAUUAAAGUGGCUUGCUUUUUUCUUAUUACUUUUAAUUAUUUGUUUCUUUUGAUUUCCUUAAAAAUAGCAAAUUAGUAUAUAGUUAGAGAGGGAUUAAUUUAGGACUAAAAACUAUGAGGUGAAUCGUGUCGCAUACGUGCUUUUGUGAUGUCUGUUUAAUCAAUAUUGGCGCGUUCUUUUUUGUAUUA